AUGGCGGCGGAAGUAGCACCCGCCAACCCCUCGGACUCGGAUCGGGGGAGAGCUGCAGACUCCGUACCCGAAUCGACCCCAGUAGCGCUAGCCGAAGCCACGACAUCGACCGUCACCUCGUCGUCGUCGUUGUCGUCGUCGUCCUCGUCGGCGACGGCUUUGGCACCGAUACCGAGCUUGAUCGGUACGACCACCGCGUCGCUGGCCUCGGCAGCUCGUCUACCGCGUAGUGUUUCGGCAGGCAAAGAGGUACAGACACCACCUGGUAGUGACAAGAAGACUUCCAAAGGUCAGUCAUCUGCACGCACGAUACGCUCGACGCUCGUGCCCCCCCCCAUCAUCCGCCCCACCCGGACCCGGUCAUUUCCGCUUCCCGCCCGUCGCGUCCGAGUGUGCGAUAACUAUCGACUGCCGCCCGGCAAGAGCACAUUGACCAACGAACAUCCUUCAAGAUUCACCCUCCCAGCCGAGUCCAGGCCCCAGGCCCCGAUCUCGAGCUGGACCUCGGCCGCCGACGGGCUCAGCGGUACCAACUCGGCCGGUCCCGGUCCUAUCGAUCGGAUCCGAUGGCCCCGAACGCGUGUGCAUGUACUCAGCCUGACACGUGCCAAGCCGAUCACCCUGCCGCGUCAAAGCCCAUGCUCUAAAAGCAAUGCUUGCUAACCGCGGAAUCAUUUUCUAUCUAUACCACAGCCAAGGAUCUGUCCCACGUUCGUUGCCGAUUCUUUGCCGCAGGGAGCUGUACGGCGGGAGCAGCAUGUUCCUUCUCGCACGAGGUCGUCGCGCCUGGUACAGUGAGUAGGAGCAUCUUCGGACUUGAUUCAAACCAGGACUAAAACUCUGCCCUACUCGCACCAGGCCAAACCGGUCUGCAAGUUCUUCACCCAAGGCAACUGCAAGUUCGCCCACAAGGCAAGUCGUGCCUGCUCCGAGGAGCUUGAAACCCGACGAUUAUGUGAUCGCCCCAGCCGCUGACCUGCGAUUGCCAUUUUUGAAAUCAGUGCGCACUCGCCCACAUCCUACCCGGACAACCCAUCUCGUUCGAUCGCAAGAACAAGAGGGCAGCCCAAUCCGCACUCCGAGAUGCCCAGGCCCAGGCCCAGGCGCAGAUGCAAGCCCAUGCUCCAUCGGCAGACGUCGUCGGUCCCUCGACUUCGCCUUCCGCUACCUCAUUUUCUACUGCAAUCGGUUCGAGUUCAACGCAGGUCCCCUCCUCAGGAUUGGCCAAGAUCUUUCAGGCCAGCGGUAGUACGGCACAGCCCUCGGACCUGGGAGCAAAAAACUGGAGUCGAGUAGCGGGUACGACAACCUCGCCUCAACAGUCGUCCGCGGUCUUGUCGACCAGACCCGGAUCGAGAUGGCCGCCAGAAAGCGAGGAAGGAAUGAGUCCGACGAGUCGUGCAACGCCCGCGACAUCAGCGGACCCGACCGCAUCGGCUUCGUCGCAGCUGUCGUCACCGGGCUCGACCGCCAUCUUCAUCUCGGCACCGUCGGGGCUCUCGCAAAUGUCGGCCCAGCUCGCGAAUCCAUCCAACAAUGCCCGGUCCUCGGUCGCCGUCCAAGUGAUGCUCGGGCAGCAGGCGCGCCGGAUGUCAAGCACAAGCGAGUCGCUGUCCCCACCUCGUCCCGCCGAACCAUCGCACACCCGUGGGGAUUUCGGCAUGGGUAUGUCCCCACCGCUCGCGAUGCAGUCCUCGUCCUCGAUUGGAGCCGGGACAGGGGCACCUACGCACAGCAUUUUUGGCACCUCGCCCUUCUCCGGAGGCUCGCGUGCGCUCUUCAUGCCCUCGUCCUACGACAGCAACGAGGACAGCUCUCCGCGCUCUCCGCCACCGAGAGGCGGCAUGAUGGCCGAGCAGAUGCGUCGCAACUCGUCCCGAAACGGUGGCAACCUCUUUGGGAUCGGUGCGUCCAACUCGUUCGGACUCGAGGACAACGCGGAGGACGGGGACGACGACGAGACCGACGACGUCUUCAACAGCGAAGGUUUCCUUCCCUCCUCGCUCAACGAACUUCUCACACCCGAUGAAGUGCGAAGGCGAGCGAGUCGAGCCGGCAUGGGGCUCGCAUCGCCCUCGUUCAACCCGUUUAACAGCCAAUCGGUACCACCAGAUCUCAUGCUCUCCCGUGGCCGUCCCCCCAUGCCGCCCACGACCCUCUCGACAUUGUCCAGUAGCUCAACACGCGGAUGGGGUGCACUCAGUGCUAGCGCCGAAGGGACGAACCCGACCGCCUCGGCAUUCAGCCCGAGCAAGAUGACGCCGUCUCGGUCCCUGCUCGCGACUUCCCGUGAUGCAUUAGGCGCAACUGGAUCUUCUUCCAGCCCUUCCUAUCUCACCUCCCCGAAUCGCAAUCUGUACUCGUCGACCUUCGACCCUCCAACAUCAAACUUCGGCUUGCGACCUCCCGUUAAACCCGGUGCAGAGCUUUCGCCAUCACUCAACCCUCUCCCUGCACCUGGAUCGUUGCCAGGUGGUCUUGCUGCUGGUCUCUCGCAACUCCACUUGAUCCCACCGCUGCACACGGGUGAUACGCCACCGAGCUCGCUGGGGACGAUGAACACCGCGAUCGGUUCGCCUUGGAAAACGAUGGGAGGCAAUCUCGGCUUAUCCAAGUCCCCUCCACCGGCAGCAGCGACGGGCGCAUGGGGUACGACCGACCGAUCGGUCGCACAACCUACGACGAUGAAGACCUGGGCCAGUGUGGCUAGCUCGUCGUCGUCGUCUUCUUCCCCGACGACAUCAGCGAGACCUUUGAAGGUGGCGAGGGGGAUGUCGAAUGGUGGGCAUCCGGUUAUGGGUAUGGCCAGCCCGCUGUCGAGGCCGGAGGUGAUGGAGGACGAUUCGGAUGAGAGGCUGGAAGAGGACGAGAUCCCCUUCUCGAUGGACACGUAG